AUGAACAUCGCCGACAUGCUUAAUCCACCACAGUCAGAAUCCUCAUCAGAAGUUCGUCUUCUCUCUCCGCCAUUGUCACCCAAGAGAUUGCUACACUAUUUCUCCCACCCACCAGUCCAGGUCAUUUUUACCAACAAGCCCCGAAGUCGAUUCUCAGAAAUUGAAGAUUCCAUAAUCUGCCAAGGUGUUGCAAAUGGCUUGACAUGGGGCCAGAUCUCAAACCAGCUUCCUCAUCGCAAACGGGCAACCUGUUUCAACCGUUAUCGGACUCUUCAGGGUAUUCGAAAAUCUCGCAAACGAUCUCUCUAUCUAGACGACACAAUUCCAUCCCCACCCACUCUUUCGUCUUACUCGGGCACAUCUUCACCUUCUCCGAUAUCCACACCCUCUCCAAAUUACUCGCCCUUGUUGUGGUUAGGCUCCUCCCCUCCAGAAACAUCCAGGAAUGAUUAUCAGAUCCCUAUAGAGCCACGGAAUCAAUUAGUCGACAGUGGUCGUCUUCAACCAAUUCGUCUUCCACCACUAUUCAGCUAUUCAAUCGCGCGUUGCUAG